CUGGCUCUCCUCUGGGCCACUAUCGCUACUGCAAAACGAUGAGAAAAACUGGUGCCCACCCUCAAUUAUCUAAGCGAAAAUGAGAAUAACUGCAACAUAUUUUUACCUGACCAGGGGAACCAAUUUUGGCUCAUUUCGGAGCACGAAGAAGUUAUCGUUCAGCUAGUUUAUGUGAACGGAUUUUCUUCAUUCGCUAUUGUGUUAGCGAGAAAAAAUAGAGGCUCGACUUGACUACGUAAAUCGGAUGGACUCUCCUCUAUAAAUUGUGAUCGGAAGGAAAUAAUUACGCUUACUGGAUUAGGAAUACUGGUAUUUUUUGUCAUGAAAGUAGUGCCAAAAGUCCCUUUGCAUAUCUGUCAAGUUUAAUCAAAUAAGACAAAACAUCUACUAGUCUUGCCCCAUACACAAACUUCUCAAACAUGUACGGCAGUGCUCGCUCUGUUGGCAGGGCAGAUGCUAACCACAGUGGAGGAAGAGACGGAGGUAGUACAGGUCAGGCCUCAGGCCGGUCCCCACGCCUCCCACGAUCCCCUCGUAUGGGACACAGGCGCACAAACAGUACUGGAGGAAGUGGAGGAGGACCUGGUGGAGCCGGUGGAAAGACACUCUCCAUGGAGAAUAUUCAGUCCCUCAAUGCUGCAUAUGCUACCUCUGGUCCUAUGUAUCUGAGUGACAAUGAAGUGGCCAUGGCAGGAGACCAUCUUCCAAAGAGUGGAAGCACAAUAACCACUAUAGGACGGCCAAGGGUGACGUAUGGUGCCAGGAGUAGCGGUAGUGGUGGUGUGGCUGCAAGUACUCCUAACAUUUCCACCACAGUGCCUGCUAAUGCUGUGCUGCCAGCUGGGAUGAUGGGAGGUGAUGCUCUGGCGUUUGGGGACCACCACAUGGCCUCUACUGUGCCCCAUUCUCUAAGGCAAGCCAGAGACAACACCAUACUGGACCUACAAGCUCAGCUUAAAGAGGUUCUUCGUGAGAAUGACCUGUUACGACGAGAGGUUGAGGUCAAAGAGAGCAAGCUUAGCUCAUCCAUGAAUUCAAUUAAAACCUUCUGGAGUCCAGAAUUAAAAAAGGAGCGGGCCCUAAGAAAAGAUGAGGCUUCCAAGAUUUCAGUAUGGAAGGAACAAUAUCGUGUUAUUCAAGAGGAAGCACAGCACCUCCAGAUGACUGUCCAGGCUCUUCAGGACGAGCUGAGGAUCCAGAGGGAUUUGAACCAGCUGCUCCAACAGGACCCAGCCAGCCAAGGCCGAGACCUGGCCCUAACAUCUGAACCCACGGAGGAGAACUACCGAAGACUGCACGCUGAGCAUGAGAGGCAAGCCAAAGAGUUGUUUCUGCUCCGGAAGACCCUGGAGGAAAUGGAGUUGAGGAUCGACACACAGAAGCAAACGCUGGGAGCAAGAGACGAAUCCAUCAAGAAACUGCUAGAGAUGCUACAGAGCAAAGGACCAUCUGCCAAGGCAUCAGAGGAGGACCAGGAGCGCACCAGGAGACUAGCUGACGCAGAGAUGCACAGACAUCAUCUAGAGAGCUUACUGGAUCAACGAGACAGAGAGAUUUCAUCCUUGAGAGAAGAGUUGCACCGCAGGUAUGAGGGAACCCCCGAGUCCACAAAAACCAAAGCUCUACAAACUGUUAUUGACAUGAAGGAUGCCAAAAUCAGUUCAAUGGAGAGAAGCUUGCGAGACAUGGAAGAGGAGCUCCUAAUGCUAAAAUCCAAUGGACUCUUGAGUUGUGAAGAACGCCAAGAAGAGAUGAAACAAAUGGAGGUCUACCGUAGCCACACGAAGUUCAUGAAAAACAAGAUGGAGCAGGUGAAGCAAGACCUCUCCAGGAAAGACACUGAGCUACUAGGUCUGCAAACCAAGCUGGAGACUUUAACGAACCAGUUCUCUGAUAGCAAGCAACACAUCGAAGUCCUAAAGGAGUCCCUAACAGCAAAGGAACAACGAGCUGCCAUCUUACAGACAGAAGUUGAUGCACUGCGCUUGCGUUUAGAAGAAAAGGAAGCAACACUGAAUAAGAAAAGCAAACAGAUCCAAGAAAUGUCUGAAGAGAAGGGCACUCUCAAUGGGGAGAUUCAUGACCUCAAGGAUAUGCUGGAGGUUAAGGAGCGCAAAAUUGUUGUUCUGCAGAAAAAGAUUGAGAACCUACAGGAGCAGCUUAGAGACAAAGAGAAACAGAUGAGCAGCCUCAAAGAGAGAGUCAAGUCUUUACAAGCAGACACUUCUAACACUGACACGGCACUGACCACACUGGAGGAGUCUCUGGCUGAAAAGGAGCGCAUUAUCGAGCGGCUGAAAGAACAGCGAGAUCGCGAUGACCGGGAGAAAGGAGAGGAGCUGGAGUGUGCCAGAAAAGAACUGAAGGAGCUCAAGGAGAGGUUUAGUCUGUUACAAGGCGAUCUGUCGGAUAGAGAGACUAAUCUGUUGGACCUCAAGGAGCAUGCUUCAUCACUGGCCUCCUCUGGCCUGAAGAAGGACUCUAAAUUAAAAACAUUAGAAAUCUCCUUGGAACAGAAAAGAGAAGAGUGCCUGAAACUGGAAAGCCAACUAAAGAGGGCCCAGACAGCUGCCCUGGAGGCUCAGGCUAACACAGAGCUGGCUGAGCGCAUUAAAAAUCUCGAACAGGAAGUCGCUCGCCACAAAGAGGAUUCUGGGAAGGCCCAAGCCGAGGUAGACCGCCUGCUGGAGAUCCUCCGGGAGAUGGAGAAUGAGAAGAACGACAAGGACAAGAAGAUCAGCGAGUUGGAGAGACAGAUGAAGGACCAGACAAAGAAAGUGGCCUCACUGAAGCACAAGGAGCAGGUGGAGAAGAGUAAAAACGCUCGUCUCAUGGAGGAGGCCAGGAAGAGAGAGGACAACAUGUCCGAGAGCUCUCAGCAAGUCAAGGACACUUUGCGUCAGAAAUCUGAGCGCAUUGAGGAGCUGGAGGAGGCCCUGAGAGAGAGUGUUCAAAUCACAGCUGAGCGGGAGAUGGUUCUAGCACAAGAGGAGGCUGCCAGGGCUCACCAGGAGAAACAGAUGGAGGAGUUGCUGGGUGCUAUGGAAAAGGUCAAACAAGAGCUGGAGUCCAUGAGAGCCAAGCUUGCCUCCACCCAGCAGUCCUUGUGUGAAAAAGAAGCGCAUCUCACAACCCUCCGUGCAGAGCGCAGAAAGCACCUGGAGGAGGUGCUGGAGAUGAAGCAGGAGGCGCUGUUGGCUGCUAUCAGUGAAAAGGACGCAAACAUUGCACUGCUGGAGUUGUCCUCAUCCAAGAAGAAGAAGACCCAGGAUGAGGUGGCUCUACUGAAGCGGGAGAAGGACAGGCUGGUGCAACAGUUAAAGCAGCAGACCCAGAACAGAAUGAAGUUGAUGGCAGACAACUAUGAAGACGAUCAUCUAAAAACUGCCCAUGACCAAACCAAUCACAAACCCUCUCCAGACCAGAUGAUCCCCCCUGUUGUAGCCCUGUCCCAGAAUCGCAGCAAGCUCAAGCUCUACAUUGCCCAUCUGACCGACCUGUGCCAUGAGAGGGAUCCCAGCAUCCUGAGCCAGCUCAUGCCCCCUUCACACUACCACCACAACGAUCCUGACAACUGGGAGGAUGAACUCCAGAAGAUGACACACCAACAGUUGGAACGGGAGCUGGAGUUGUGUGAAAAGGAGAGCGCCGAGCUGCAGGAAUAUGCAAACUGUGUUCUCCAGCAGAUCGCAGAUUACUGCCCUGACAUCCUAGAGCAGGUUGUUAAUGCUCUGGAGGAGUCAUGCUAACCCACGGACACAGAGGAGCUAACCCUGACCUUAGUAAAUACUCUUAUAGACCUCCUCCAACUGCUUGAAGAAAAGCUUCAGGGUAUAGUUACACAUACCUGAGCGUCCUCAUCUUUCUCCUCACCCACCCUAGAAAAAAUUGCUUUUAAGGCUUUGUUGUCACGUGUAAAUCGGACGUCAGACUUGCAAAAUCAGGGACUCUUGAAUAGGUAAUGGCAUUUCAAACUACAUAUUAAAGGGCCCAUAUUGCGCACAUUUUUGAUCUGUGUUAAAUUGUUGUAUCCCCAUCAAAAACAUACUGUGUUUAGCUUCUUUCAUACGUUUAACACACAAAUCCUGCACAUUUAGGCUGUGUCCUUCUCUCAAACUGAAAACACUGUUCCACCUUAUGAUGUCAUCAAGUGGUUUUACAGGAAGUGCGUUUCUAAACUCCCUCCAUGUGACAAUCUCAUCUGAACAAAAGUUCAACAAACAUAUAUUUUAUUAAAGGUAUUCUAGUUAUGAUAUGAUAUCACAAGGUGGAACAGAGCUCUUUGAGUUUUGGAGACAAAUGCAGCAUUACUCAAAGAUGUGGAAAUAAAACAAAACACAACUCAAGGUAUGUUUUUGAUAAGGUAACAGCAAGGCUAAAAGCAAACAUUAGUCAAUUUUGUUUUUAAUUUUAAGUUUAAAAUGCAAUGGUAAUUUGAGCACAAUUUUUUUCCAGAGUAGAUCAUCGCACAGAGUUUUAGGCUAAACUGCCAAGCUUACACUAACCGGUCUCUGCAACAAUUUAAGUAAGCACAGUUACCUCAACAACUCAUACAUUUGACAACAGUCUUAAGAAAAAUUAGGGAGCUGCUACAUCCAGAGGAGAGAGGUGUGAAUUGCUCAGAGUGUAAAAUAUCUGUAAUGUUGUUGCUCUUUUAACACAUACAUUACGGUUAUAAGCAAAAGGCAUACGGAGGAUUUCUCAUAGAAGUAGAUCUGCUUUACUGUGGCCUGGGCAUUAGAAGGGGGAUCAGGGCAUGACCUUUGACAUAAAUAAGGUCUCUUACUUUAUAUUUUUGAGUUUAUUUGAGGUGGGAGAGGGGAUUAAAAGCUUUUUAUUAGUGGUGUACUAUUUCUUUCCAAUGGUUUUGCACAUGUAACUUGUUUAUGAGGUAUGCAAUGCUUGGUUCGAGGACGUUUUGGUGGCCUUUAGUGGAGCAUGCACAGACAUCAGUACUGGACCUAUCGCAGGGAGAUGCGAUUUCUCUGUAAUAAUGGUGCUAAGGCAUGGUGUAAAAAUUUUUGACCCCAUUAAGAGAUUAUUCAUCCAAAGUUUGUAGAAAAAACCCAUCAAGCCCAUCAUUAGUUUAUAGAUUCACAGAAAAAUGCAAGCAGCAUCAUCUUGUAUUUUUCCAAUCACUUACAAUCGCAAAGUGAUACCUCUUUUAAUGUCUUUUUUGAAAUCUUCAGGGCUGAGAUUUUUAAUUACAAAGUGCACAAUACAUUUCCACGGAAUUACUCACAUUUCAAAAUUUGACUUUGAAGUCAUUUUGUAAAUAUAAGUAACUCGUACAGUAAUUGAAUAAAGGUAAUCAAGUGGAUGGUGUGCAUUCUUCAUAAAAAAAAAUCUGAAACGCAGUGCAGUUUUUGUGUCCAAUUUUGUCUGCAGGACAAAGUGAGUGUGUGUGACAGUACUGCCAUACGUUAUGGGAAGUCAUGUUCAAUAGAGAAAUAUAUAUAUAAAAAUAUGAAUUACAUAUAAAAAUGUUUACUGUAUGGAUAUGCAUUGAAUGUUUGCACAGAAUUUAAAAGGGCACAACUGCUCUGAUCAAAAUGACCGCUGAAGUCAGUUCCCUCAGCAAAAAACUGAAGUGUCAAAAAAUAUAUAAAAAAAAAAACUUGUGUCAAAGUAAUGUGUGAACUCAAAUGUUUUUAAACCGUGACCGUGAUGGAAGCGUACUUUCUGGCAUUUAUUUUUAAUAGUCAUUUUUAUAUCUUUUACCAUUGAGUGAUGUUCUGUAUUAUUACUUCCAGUGUUGUCUGUAUUGUGUUUGUCAACUUUUCAUUAAAUGUCAAAAGGCGAGUUUCUUGAUGUGUAAAAAUAAGUGUUCAUUCAUGUCUCAGGUGUAAACCACAGUAUUACAGACCAAGUGCUUUAUGUGUGAUCUGAAUUUCAAACCUUUACGAAUCCUACAGGACUAAGACUGGAGAGAUGUCAGGUGAAUGCUUAUUUUUGCUCAUAGUCUCAGUCUUUUCAAUAUCAGUCUGAAAUGCUGGCCUCUACAAUGGAAGCAUUUUCUUCUGAUUUUCCAUUACUUUGGCCUGUGUACCUGCCUUGCCUUAAUGUCAAAUUAAUCAUUCUUUUGACUUUUUAUUGUGGAACACAGCUUAUUUUAUGGGGCUCGUGUAAAGUUUAAAUGAAAGAAAUGUACUGCCUUCUGUCUGUGUUCGAGUCAAACUGUGUAAAAAGAAAGCCUAACAGACAUGUUUGUGAGUUACAUUGGUUUUGUAUGUAUGUAAAUAAAUAAAUUAUAAGCCUUG